AUGGCAUCGAUGCCAGAAAUUCCAAUUCCUGGAAGAACGACUGAGCAUAAGUAUGGCCGAGAAUACGGCACGUUCAGAAGGGGCCAAUACUUAUUUCCCCACGAUGAAAAGGAACGAGACAGACUGGACGUAAUGCACACCAUGAUCAAGGUGGCCAGGCCCAUGGGCAUGAGAUAUACUCAUUGUCCAACGAAUGCCCUCUCUGCAAGACCCGGUCCACUUGGACAACGGCCUCGAGUCCUGGACUUGGGCUGUGGUACCGGAAUCUGGAUGAUCGAGAUGGCUUCCUCGUUCCCUGCUGCUGAAUUCGUAGGUGUUGAUAUCCAUAACAUGGGCCCUCCGACCCUCUUGCCGAACAUCGGAAUCCGCGCCCCUUGGGAUUAUGAGGGUCCCUGGGCUCUGGGAGAAAAGUCUUGGGACAUAAUCCGCCUUCAAAUGGGUCUCGGGAGUGUUUCUGACUGGCCUGGACUCUAUUCCAAGAUUUUGAGGCACCUGACUCCAGGCACCGGCUGGUUCGAGUCUAUUGAAAUCGACUUCCAGCCCCGAUGUGACGACAAUACUCUGAGGCCAGGAAAGUUGACGGAAUGGUGGGACUCGUACAUCAAAGGCACAUACGAAGCCAUGAAUCGCCGUCUCGCCUACGAUCCAGGUACAGGUGACUUGCUCAGAGUAAUUGGUUUCAAAGACAUUCACCACGCGGUCUACCGCAUCCCCCUGAAUGAUGCUUGGCCUGAGGAUAAGGCAGAAAAACGGGCAGCCCUGUGGUGGCACGUGGCCAUGUCUCCCGGCCAUGCUACGACUGGUGGAUAUGGCCUUGAAGCCAUGAGUCUUGCUGCCCUUUGCGGCUUAAACAAUUGGCCCGUCGAUCAUGUCAAACGUCUUUGUAACGAGGCCUUAGCCCAAGCUGCCGACCCAAAUGUCCAUGCCUACAACAAUCUUCACAUCUGGUGGGCAAGGGCUGGUGGUGAAGACGAAAAGGGUGAUGGAUUGGCGAGCGGAAGUGGCCAAUCCGCCCUAUCCUAG